AUGAAACGUGGAGAAACAUUAAAUCACGGAAAUGGUACCGGUUGUAGUAUAGCAACAAUAAGUUCACCGGAUAUACAUUUUCCACAUUCGUUUAGAGAUAAAUACGAAUCACCGCCGUGUUCGAAUCGUAUAAACAUAACCGUUUCCGCUUUAUGGGUAGCCACGCCACUUUUAUCAACUGUUUCCGUUGCAGCUGUUUGCGUGGCCGUUUGUACAAAUCAUUGGCUCGUAACUCAAGAAAAUAUUAAAAAUGGUAAUUAUACGGGAAGAGGAGAUCAAGAAUAUUUUCCUAAAAAUACAAUUUCGGGACUUUGGACUCUUUGUUAUACCAAUCCUGGAAAAGAAGAAUUUUUUUGUUCUAAUAUUGAAUAUUUUCCAAAAGAAGAAUAUAGUCCUGAUUUAAAAGAUAGUACAAUGGCCAUUCCAUACACGGUCACUAAAUCCGCAGCCUUUUUUAUAGUAUCAACAUUUUUGCUUUUAUUAGGAGAACUUUGUUGUCUAUGCGGUCAUUUUUCCCGUCAAAGACGUUUAUUAACGUUUAUAUCCGGUGUUAUUUUCAUCAUUUCCGGUUUGCUUAUGCUCAUUGGUCUUGUUAUGUAUAUUUCAAUAUUCAAAGCCGAAGUGGGAGGUAAAUUGCGUGCCACGUCACAGUUGCAACCAGCCGUAUUCACAUAUAAAUACGGUUACAGUUUUAUUUUAUACGUUUCCGGAUUUGUCAGCACGGAAAUAUCUGGCACUUGUGCCGUUUUUUUAUACAUAUACUGGCAUCAAAAAGACUGGAGAAAGAAAGGAUAUGAUACACGUACAAAAUUUGUUUCGCCCACCAAUGUGUUCGAUUUUGAUUCAAUUUAUGGAACUUAUCCGCCAUUUUGCAAAAAACACAAAACACCUUUCUUGCCUUCGUACGCUAACGAAUGUUCUAUAUCGGAUGAUAUUUUUGAAAAAUUUUCACCCAAUUUACAACGUCGAGUUUAUUUAGAGGGUCAAAAUAUGUACAAUGAUGGUGAAAAUGAAUUUUAUCCGCCAUUUUGUUUGAAACAUUCCGCGUCUUGUAACAUGGUUAAUGAGCUUAUGGGAAAUAAAACGGAACCGAAAAAACAAAAUAGAAAAGUUGGAACGAGUGAUUUCAGUGAAAUUUAUCCUAAUUUUUCGUCCAAACAUUAUAAUAAUAAAAUAAAAUCAUCUUAUUCUUAUGAGUUUGUAGCCAAAAAUUAUUAUCCUAAACUAUUGGGGCUAAAUGACGAACCUGAAAUAUCCGAUGAAUGCUCAUCAAGUGUUACUCACGAUCAUGAUUUUAUACCUUUUGAUUUGGAUGAUAAAAUAUCAGUGCCUCCCAAUUACAAUAAUUUUGAUAAUUUUUUAUUAAAUAAUGAAUACAUGUACAAAACAUUAAGUAAAACAACUCCUGUAUGA